CCCAGCAAUUUACUUGUGACCACAAGACACCACUGGGCAUUUAGGGUCAAUUGGUUUCGUAGAUCAAAAGAAACGUUGGUCCCCACAUUCCCCAACAACUAUGUCUGAUAUCACCCCUGCUUCGAGAACGGGCCUAAUUCUCUCUGCUAAUGCCGGUUCUUCUUCGCUCAAGAUAUCUCUCUAUGAACUCGUAGGCGACAAUUCAGAGUCGCCCAAGCUGUUGCUGACUUCGUCGAUCUCCAAUAUCACUGCCCCACCAGUCAAGUUUUCGUUUGCACCGUCGGAAGUCUCAUCGACGCCUCAGAUCAAGAAUGAGGAAGUUCCGGCCAUCACAGAACAUGCAUCCGCCUUUGCCCAUUUUCUCGACUCGCUCGAGUGCAAGGCGAAUAUCGACAAGAACAGGAUUGUUCAAGUCUGCCAUCGCGUUGUUCACGGCGGGGACUUUACUGAUCCUGUCGUCAUCAGUGACGAGACUUAUCAACAUAUCGAAAAGCUAUCAGAUUUGGCACCUUUGCACAACGGAGCCGCUCUUGCUGUUAUCAAGGCCUGUAUCGCCGUCCUUCCCAACGCAAACUCGAUCGCGUUCUUUGAUACGGCAUUUCAUCGCUCAAUCCCGCCGCAUAUCGCAGGCUAUGCCAUUGAUCAGACAGUCGCGAAGAAACGAGGUCUAAAGAAAUAUGGAUUUCACGGUCUCAGUUGUGCGGAGAGGUUUCCGUUCCCUCUUCCUUAUCAUCGCUCACACAGUCGUAGAUGCGUUCAUACUGCGCGCUGUUGCGCAAUUUCUCAACAAGGCACGCACCCGCCAUCCGCGCUCAAUUUGAUUAUACUCCAUCUCGGCUCUGGCGCGUCUGUGUGUGCUGUGAAAGAGGGGUGUUCUUACGAUACUUCAAUGGGUUUGACACCACUCAACGGGCUUCCGGGGGCAACGCGUUCUGGCGCGAUUGAUCCCAGUCUCAUCUUCCACUACACCAACAAAGCGGGAAGGAUAAGUCACGAUCCCAAAGUCGCUACGCAGCUCCACGUUACCCAGGCCGAACAUAUCUUAAACUCCAAAUCUGGAUGGAAAUCUCUGACGGGAACGACUGACUUUGGACUCAUAACUAGACGCGCGAAGGAAGGUUCUGCUGUCGAUCAACUGGCUUUUAAUCUCUUCAAAGAUCGUGUUUUGAACUAUAUCGGCUCUUACCACUUGAAGCUUGAGGGUCAGGUUGAUGCGCUCGUUUUUUCAGGGGGGAUCGGGGAGAGGAGCGUUGAGCUCAGAAGUGCCAUAGGAGCCAAGUUAGAAUGCCUUGGUUACUCUGGAGUGGGAGACGCCAAUGAAGACGCCGAUCAUAAGGAAGGCGUGGUCAUUGAUGUGAGUAGAGGUAACCCGGAGACCAAGAAGAUUUUGAUAUGCCGCACAGACGAGCAGUUCGAAAUGGCAAGACAAUGCGCGCAAAGCGACAAGUUCUGGGAGCGUGUAUAA